AGUCUAGACAGUGAUCUUUAAAGCGAACCGAAAGGCAGAGUUGUUGAAGCUCAGACGUGCAAAGAUGAAACCAGCUGUUGUCACUGUCCUGUGCCUGGUCCUUCUCCUGGUUCAGUGUCAUUUUACUCUGGCAAAGGGAAAAGGUAAAGGAGGACUGGCUGGGAAAAUAUUUGGCUUUAAAAAGCCCCCGAAAACAAAAGAUUACACAGAUAACAAAUCUAAAGUCAAUCAGUUCAAGCAAGGAGGGUCCUAUCAAGACAGACCUGGGAGUUAUCCUAAUCAAGGAAGUAACCCCCAGCAACCAGGAGGUUACCCCCGCCAACCAGGGGGUUACCCCCAGCAACCAGGAGGUUACCCCCAGCAACCAGCGGGUUACCCCCAGCAACCAGGAGGUUACCCCCAGCAACCAGCGGGUUACCCCCAGCAACCAGGGGGUUACCCCCAGCAACCAGCAGGUUACCCCCGCCAACCAGGGGGUUACCCCCAGCAACCAGGAGGUUACCCCCAGCAACCAGGGGGUUACCCCCAGCAGCCAGCAGGUUACCCCCGCCAACCAGGGGGUUACCCCCAGCAACCAGGGGGUUACCCCCACCAACCAGGAGGUUACCCCCAGCAACCAGGGGGUUACCCCCACCAACCAGGAGGUUACCCCCAGCAACCAGGGGGUUACCCCCAGCAACCAGGAGGUUACCCCCACCAACCAGGAAGUUACCCCCAGCAACCAGGGGGUUACCCCCACCAACCAGCAGGUUACCCUCAACAGCCAGGAUACUCGGCUGGUGGAUACCCAGCACCAGGCUCCCCAUACUCUGGAAGUUAUGGAGGUCAUGGUGGCUACGGAAGUUAUGGAGCUAAUAGAGUAUAUCCAGGGGGAUACAUCAAUCAAAACCCAAACAAUCCAAUUUUGAGUCCUCAUUAUGGCGGCAGCUUUGGGUAUGGAGGGUAUGGUACUAGAGGUGGCUCUCCAUUUUCACAGUCAGUCCAUGGAAUGGGAUACUCUCCAUCAGAAAAGUCUAAAGGGUUUGGACGCAGUGCAAUGAUGGCAGCAGCUGGAGGGGCUGUAGCAGGAAUGGCCCUGGGCUAUGGUCUAGGAAGGUUUCCUCGGCCCCACUUUGACUUCCAUAACCCCCAAGAGGAAUACUACUACAACUACUACAUGUACAGAAGGUAUGGUGUGAAGUCUACUGAUGACAAUGACUACAGCAGAGACUACAAGUAUAGUACACCCCCACAGAACUAUGAGACCCACAUGAACCUGUGCAUGAAAAGGACAGACCUUCUGCCUGCAGAGAACAGACAACAGAAAGACAAGCCAGCUACCACAACAACCACAGCAACAACAACAACCACAGCAGCAGCAGCAAUAAUAACCACAACAAAUGCAACCACUAACACACCUACCACGGUCUCCUCUGACACUGUCAACAACACAACGCAGACUAAGAACAGCCCCACAAAUCAAAGCUCAACCUCUGCACCCUCCACUCCUCGCCCUCCAAAUCAACCUGAGGCCAGUCCUGUGUCUACAGCUCCAAAGGCUGCUCAGAAUUCUGCUGCACAUGAUGAUGAUGAUGAUGAAACCGUCAGCAUAGUGCAGAUUGGUUACCCAGCCCUCAUAGAGCAGAUGAAAGUCAGGAGAUGCUUGGAGCUCUACAUGCUUUACUCUGAAAAGUUUCUGAAGAAAAAUAUGCCAACCACACCAAAACCACCAAACAAAGCCCCAGGUGCCAGAGGAGGCGUUCAGGGCCUGGAGCUGGGUUUGUCAGGGUUUUUGGGUGUGUUCACCAGUACCGCAGUGAUUCUGCUGAAUACCAACAUGUUUUCUGUACUCCACUAAUGCCCCGUGAUUAGUGGUUGUCAGUGUUGAAUGGAAUUUGACUGAAUGACAUGUAGUCUAAACAGGUGAGGUGCAGUCAUCAUCAAAAGAAAAAACAAAACAAAACACAUAAUGAUCAAAUAAAAUACAAGUUGAUAUUUGUCUGAUGAUCUGAACUAUACACUUCUUUUGCAUAUGAUUUCAAUCAUUUUGAUUAUUUUUCAAUCUAAAAUUAUGGAAUUGUGGAAUUUCUGCAUUUCCUGUUCAAAUACAGGGAAGAGAGUCAUGGUGCAGCAGCAGCAGUGAGCUGAGCCUCAGCUUGGGUUGGUUCAUCCAAAACAAACACUGCUGGUGUCCCAUACGAUUACAGUGUGUUUCUGUCUCUGUGAAUACCACCAAUAAAAUGGUUUCAAACACGGUGAUUCUUUGCCCUGACGUUCCAUAGUCUGAAUAAUGUAUAAAAUAUACAGGAUGGGGAAGCAAAAUUUACAAUGAACAUUUAGUUGUUUUUUUCUCAGCAGGCACUAUGUCAGUUGUUUUGAAACCAAACAUAUAUUGAU